GUCCACCACAAACAAAACCACCUAUUGUCACCAUUAUUUCCAGCGACCAUUAUGGAAAUCGAGAGAGACCAACACAUUUCUCCACCAUCUCUUCUAGCCGAGACGAUCCCUAUCAUCGAUCUAAGCAAUCUUGAUGAAGAGCUAGUGGCGCGUGCGGUGGUGCAAGCGAGUGAAGAGUGGGGGAUUUUUCACGUGGUUAAUCAUGGAAUUCCGUUGGAUCUGAUACGGCGGUUGAAGGAGGUUGGUACACAGUUCUUUGAGCUCCCGGAGACGGAGAAGAAAGCCGUAGCGAAACAAGAUGGCUCCAAAGACUUUGAAGGUUACACGACGAAUCUCAAGUACGUAGAAGGAGAGGUUUGGACCGAGAAUCUUUUUCACAGAAUCUGGCCACCUUCGUGUAUCAAUUUUAAUUACUGGCCCAAAAAUCCUCCUCAAUACAGGGAAGUGAUUGAGGAGUACACAGAGGAGACUACGAAAUUAUCAGAGAGGAUUUUAGGGUAUCUAUCAGAGGGAUUAGGGUUACCACGUGAGGCCUUGAUACAAGGUCUCGGCGGCGAAUCAACAGAGUAUGUAAUGAGGAUGAACAAUUAUCCUCCUGACCCGAAACCGGAUUUGACUCUAGGAGUGCCGGAGCACACUGACAUCAUCGGAAUCACAAUCAUUAUAACCAAUGAAGUUCCAGGGCUUCAGAUUUUCAAGGAUGAUCGUUGGUUCGAUGUCCACUACAUUCCCUCAGCCAUAACCGUCAACAUUGGCGAUCAGAUAAUGAGGCUGAGCAAUGGCAAGUAUAAGAAUGUGUUGCAUAGAGCAAUAGUGGAUAAGGAAAAGCAAAGGAUGUCAUGGCCGGUUUUUGUGGAUGCUAAUCCUGAUGUGGUCAUCGGACCAUUGCCGGAGCUUAUUACCGGCGAUAAUCCCUCAAAGUUCAAGCCUAUUACUUGCAAGGACUUUAAGUACCGUAGGCUCCUCAAACUUCCUAUCGAGUGAACUCAAAUAUAUUGAGUCUUGUGUGUUUACUACAUAUUGUUAAAUGUUAAAUAAAGAUUGUGUAAAAGA